CGGAAGUUGCUUUACUAGCCUAGCUUGGUCCGCUGCUUUUAAAGCUCUCGUUAGCUGUUUUUUAAGCAGUCAUUUCGAAGACAUGAAGCCUGCAGUGGAUGAAAUGUUCCCUGAGGGAGCCGGACCGUAUGUGGAUCUGGAUGAGGCAGGGGGCAGUACCGGGCUGCUGAUGGAUUUGGCUGCUAAUGAGAAAGCCGUGCACUCCGACUUCUUCAACGCGGCUGAAAAGAGCUUAACACGUGUCACACGAAAGCAGCUUCAUCCGCAAGGCGAAGUGGAACAAUGCUGGAGGGAAAAGAAGAAAAAAACAACUGCACACACGUCUUUAAUGAGGAGAAAUCCUGCACGUAUAUAAGCUCUGGGAAGUGACGGGUUGUGUUUUUUUUUUUUUUUUUUUUCUUUUUCUUUCUGUUCACUAAAUUUAAUUCUGUUGUUUUU